UUUUUUUUGUCUUGAUGAAUUAAAGCUUUUUUUUAAUUCUCUCAAUUGUUAGUUAUAUUUUUUAAAAUGAAAAUUAAAACCAAGGAAUCUUCAGCUAGUCUAAAGGAGAAAAGGGAAGAUAUUCCUCAAUGGAAACCUGAACAAGAGGUUCAACUUUUUUAUGCUUUAAAUGGACGGCGACCUGUGGGCAUUAAUAGACAUUUCCAAAUGAUCUUUAUCCUUGAAGAGUAUAAUCGAUGACGAGGGUACAAGUGUAAUUGACCAUCUAAAUUAUGAUGUUAAAGAUGAAGGUUUACACACCCUUAUUGUCACCGAUUCUGACAAUCUUUUAGAUGCUCCUUUAAUUGUUGGAGAUAAAAAGAAGCUUAAUCCUAUUCUAUUCCGUGGUACUGGAAUGAUCUCUGAUCAGAAUAAUCCUCUUGUUCUCGAUGUUCUCAAAGCUUCUCCUACCGCUUACUCUUACAAUCCAAGUAAAAAAAUUACUGAGUAUCCACACGCCAUUGGAAGUAAUACUUUGCUCAUUUCCGCUUUACAAGCUCGUAAUAAUGCUCGAGUACUUUUUACCGGAUCUCUUGACCUGUUUUCCGAUAAACUUUUCCGAAGUUCAGUUCAAAAGUCCGGAUCUAAACAGGUACACGAGAAAUCGGGUAAUGAGGCUCUUUGUAUCGCUCUUUCCCGUUGGGUAUUCAAAGAGGAAGGUGUUCUACGAGUUGGUAAAGUGGAACAUCAUAAACUUGGUGAAUCAAGUCCACCAGAAUCAUAUACCAUCAUGGAAGAUGUUGUCUAUUCAAUUGUUGUCGAAAAAUUAGAAAAUGGUAAAUGGAUUCCCUAUAAUGCUGAUGAUAUACAAUUAGAAUUUGUUAGAAUUGAUCCAUUUGUCCGAACUGCACUAAAGAAACAAGGAGAUAAAUACGUUGCCCAAUUUCGUAUUCCUGAUGUUUAUGGUGUUUACAAAUUUGUCGUUGAUUACCAAAGAAUUGGUUUAACUCAUCUAGAUUCUAGUACUCAAGUUUCCGUUCGACCCCUCGAACACACCCAAUAUGAGAGAUUCAUCCGUUCAGCUUAUCCCUAUUAUUUUAGUGCUUUUUCAAUGAUGUUUGGCUCAUACAUAUUCAGUUUUGUUUUCCUUUACCACCGAGACUCAACAAAACAAAAAGACGAUUAAUGAACCAAAAAAACACCUUAAAUCAUGAUAAUAAUUUUUCAGCACAAAGAAAACCUUACAA